AUGAAGGUCGAAGGUGAAAGCUGGAUGUUGGGACAAAGAGGAGAAUAUGAUGGUCAAUAUGGAAAGAUUUUGCAUUCAACAGCUGAACAACAUUUGCCUUUUCACCGACCCAAACACUUUCCUGCACGUGUUCCAAAUUGGGCUGUUGAACGACAGAAUCAAAUGGGGAGAGGAGCACGCUCGUUGGACCGCUCAUUGUUUUUGCCUUCUUGGGCAAAGAUUCCUCAACCACAACCUCCAUUUUGGGUUAUUAUUAAAAAUUAA